GUCCCCAGAACUGACUGAAUCACUUGCUCAUCUGACCAUGUCUCAAGUGUCUAUAAGACAUUGGACAUUUCUGUCUUGGUGUCCAUUUCCAGAUACAGUGCUUAUAGUGCUGUCACUGACAGGUAAUCAAGUGUCUGAGCUUACUUUUGAACUCAGCAAGUCAACCAGGCCUUCACCAGACAACAUGGGAGACUUUGGGUUCCUCUCCAAGUUGCUGAACAAAGUGCAGACGCACUCCACAGUGGUAGGGAAGGUCUGGAUGAGCGUCCUCUUCCUUUUCCGUAUCAUGGUCCUGGGGGCCGGAGUGGAGAGCGUGUGGGGUGACGAGCGGUCCAACAUGAUAUGCGACACCAAGCGGGUCGGCUGUGACAACGUCUGCUACGACUGGAAGUUCCCCAUCUCGCACGUGCGCUUCUGGGUGCUGCAGAUCAUCUUCGUGUCCACGCCCACGCUGCUCUACCUGGGCCACGCCGUGCACGUCAUCCACAGGGAGAAGAAGCUGCACGAGCAGAUUAGGAAGCCCGUGGAGGGCGUGGUGUUCAAGGGGCCCAAGUACACCGACGACCGGGGCCGGGUGCAGAUCAAAGGCGUCCUCCUGCGCAGCUACAUGGCCCAGCUCUUCUUCAAGAUCCUCCUGGAGGUGGCGUUCAUCGUGGGUCAGUACUACCUGUACGGCUUCUUCAUGGACCCUAGGUUCGAGUGUGAGCGCUACCCCUGCUUUCAUAAGGUGGAGUGCUUCAUGUCAAGGCCCACGGAGAAAACCAUAUUCAUCCUCUUCCAGCUAGUGGUGGCCUGCCUGUCCCUGUUCCUCACCAUCCUGGAGGGAUUCUACCUCCUCUGCAAGCAAUUGAAGAAGAAAGAUCACCACGUACGCCAGCCUGCCAUGCCCUUGGCCAUGAACUCCAACAGCAUUCCAAUGACCUGGCAGCCACGUGCAGACAUGGCAGACGCCGUGAACCAGAACAAAGCCAAUAUGUCCUACGAGGGGGAAAAGCACAUUUGAUUGAUCUCCAAAGGUGCAUUGGACAGUUUUUUUUUUUUUUUUUACAAGUUGGAAAAUGAAAACUUGAAAAUAAGGCAUUUAGUGAUCUUCAAAAAGCUUGGAAGCUGGUCAUCAUCCGAUAGCAUCUCCUCUGCAGGAUAUAAUGAUUUAUUUUGUAUAAAGAAAUGGUAUUUCAUAUUUAAAGAUGUCAUCUCUCAAAAGGGAAAUGUUACUUAAACUGAAACUUACUUCAAAUAUUACAUACUGAAACUUACUCAAACUGAUUCAUGUUUGUUACUUGAUGCACUUUAUGAGGUAAACAUCAGCACUUAAGACAUUAGUUUCUGUGCUACUAACAUGUUUUCUUAGGUUUCAUAUGGAUUUUUAUAUCAUUUAAUACAAAGAGGAGACUCUCAUGCCACAUAAAAAGAGACUUUUUGAGAUAAAGACCAUCAAGUACU